AUGGCUACCAGCGUGUUUGAGUCCAUCCGCAAGUUUGGCCUGGCCUUAGCUGUUGCAGGAGAUGUGGUGAACUCUGCCUUAUAUAAUGUGGAUGCUGGGCACAGAGCUGUCAUCUUUGACCGACUCCGUAGAGUACAGGACAUUGUGGUAGGGGAAGGGACUCACUUUCAUCUUCUCAUCCCAUGCGUACAGAAACCAAUUAUCUUUGACUGCCAAUCUCGGAAAUGUAAUGUACCAGUCGCUGGUAGCAAAGACUUACAGAAUGUCAACACUGCACUGCACAUCCUCGUCCCACCCAUUGCUAGCCAGCUUCCUCGCAUCUUCACCAGCAUCGAAGAGGACUAUGAUGAGCGUGUGCUCCCAUCCAACACGACCAAAAUCCUCAAGCCAGUGGUGGUUCACUCUGAUGCUGGAAAACUAAUCACCCAGAGAGAGCUGGUCUUCAGGCAGAUGAGCGACGACCUUACCGAGCGAGCAGACACCUUUGGGCUCAUCCUGAACAACGUGUCCUUGACACAUCUGACCUUCGGGAAGGAGUUCACAGAGGCGGUGGAAGCCAAACAGGUGGCUCAGAAGGAAGCAGCGAGGGCCAGAUUUGUGGUGGAAAAGGCUGAGCAGCAGGAAAAGAUGGCUGUCACCUCUUCUGAGGGCAGCUCCAAGGCAGCUGAGAUGAUCACCAACUCACUGACCACCUCAGGGGACGGCAUGAUCAAGCCGCACAAGCUGGAAGCUGCGGAGGGCAUCAUGUACCAGCUCUCACACUCUCAGAACAUCACCUACCAGCCGGCGGGGCCGUCUGUGCUCCUCCAGCCGCCCCAGUGA